AUGAGUGGUGGUCACUCCGAUUGGGCGUGUUGCGGCGUUUUUGGGCACGAAGAUUCUGCGUUUUUUUGUUGUGAGGGCUGCUCUGCGUUGCCCGGCGAGCUUGCUGAUGUAUUUUUUAGCUUAUUUUGCUCAACAAAUCCAUCAGUUCGUUUGCUUAUCGAAUUUCUAUGUUGUUUUGAGUGGCCCAAUCGGAGAAAAAGCGAUUUUCAGGAUGGACGGCUUCAGUGGUCGGUCCGCCCCGAUCGUCCGAACACAGCUGCCCGUAACGCGGGUGAAGAGGAUUUGCAAGGUUGA